CAGUCCCCGUCCCACUGGAUCCAUACAAGUACAUUUUGGACAGAAGGCUCACUUGCUCAUCGUUGUCCUUAGAGAAAGGCUAAACUACGAUUGCUGACAAUAUACGAGUUACUCGGAGUGGUAUACGUGAAUCGGACGAGCCAUCGUUAGCAGGUUGUGCAGUGACAUGGCUCGCCAACUUGGACUAGUCUGCCUCAAUUUCCUGGUGUUCAUUGCCUCUCAAAGUGCUGGUGAAAAUGUAACGUGCAUCAAUAAUAGAUUGCCUGGUGAAUUAGGGACUUGGUUUUUACUGAAAGGCGUUCCAGGUGAUUCGUUUACACCUGCGUCCAGAGAGACCGCUAGUGAAGCUUGCCACGAACGAGGAUUCCAUCUGUGGUCACUACAAGAGAUGCUAGACUUCACCAAAACCUAUUUUGAUUAUGAGACUCUACCACAGGAAGCAGACAAUGAAGACACCUGUAUCUUUGGCCUACUCAAAAAUUUCAGAAUGGCCCAUUCUAACGGAACAGGCAUCUCCUACUGGUUUGGGGACUUUAUAGCCCACAAAUUCGACCUCAAACUUUUGAAAGUGGAAUCCACCAAUCCUGGUGAGAAUAAUAGUGCAAUUUGUAAAGGAUCGUGGAAAGUGAGAACGGGUCAGUUGCCCAGCAAGCUUGGAAACUACUCUCUGGCAGUGCUGACGGAUGAGGAUAUGAAUAGGCACGAAGUCAGAAACACCACCUUCGAGAAUGCUGCUGACGCGUGUUCAUUUUUGGCUCACCGGCUACUGUCUGCGAUAGAUAUAAACAUAGCCUGGGAGAACAAAAACCUCCGUAACGACCUCAAACAUCUCAUGACUCCAAACAGGGAAUACAUCCUGAGGGGAGGAAAUGCGGUCGUAACUUUCCUACCUAAUGAACCGAAUCCCGUGUUCUCGUCAAGCAAAGAAAACGGAAAAUAUUAUGUAUUGUGUGGAAAUACAACCUUGACUGGAUACCGGUACUGUCUUCCGCUUGGUGUAGUUCUGAAAUGGAGUUACGAUUCCGCGAAUUUAAACUUUACAAAUGGCCAUAGUUAUUGCAAGCGAAACAAUGGUACACUACUCAGUGCAGGAGCGUUCACAUCGGGAUGCACAUCGUUCCCGGGUGCACCCCAUCCUGCCUGGAUCGACCAGUUUGAGCACGGGAAAGGAGAUGAGAUUGCAUACGUCACCGGACAAUCAUCCUCUUCCACUCGUUACCUGAACAACUCAAUACACGUCAUUUGUGAAAUACCUGUGAAAUGUGCUGUACCUACAAUUUCCAAUGGGUUUAGUGAUCGGACGGAAAUUCAAUUCCAGGAAACCGUUACCUUUUCAUGCAACAAGACUCUAGUUUUAGUGGGUGAUGCCGUGCAAAUUUGCACGGCUAAUGGAACUCUUUCCUCUGUGCCGCCUCACUGUGCCUAUUCCGCUCUAACCGGACACAGCUACUGUUCUCAGAUUAAUGCAGUUCUGAAGUGGACACCCAGUUCCAAGACUUUCAACUUUACAAGUGGCCGUGUUAUAUGCAAUGCACACAAUGGUACACUAUUGAGUGCAAAGGCGUUCACGAAAGGAUGCACACAGUUCCCUGGUGCCAAACACCCUGCCUGGAUCAACCAGUUUGAGCAAGGAAAAGAAGACAAGGUUGCAUACGUCACCGGACCAUUAAAGUCCUCCGCUGAUCACGUGUACGAAUCAAACCACGUCAUUUGUGAAUUGCCUACACUGACCGGUCACCAAUUCUGCCCUACGACUAAGUCAGUACUCAAACGGACACGCGGCAAGUUCUUCAAUUAUACAACGGCCAAGGCAGUUUGCCACGGUCAGGAGGGCAAACUACUUACUCCAGACACAUACAAUAAAGGCUGUACAUCAGAACUGCUCCAUGCUGGAUAUGGUGAUGGCUAUCCUGUCGCCUGGCUUGACACAGCAUCUCCCGGAAAAUAUGCUUUCCGCACAAGGGCUUCGGAAGCGGGACCCAUGGGCAUGGCAGAGGAGGUGAACGCCCAAUUAUACGUUGUGUGUGAAUUCGCUGUGAAAUGUGUUGUUCCUCCAAUUGACAAUGGUGUUACUGACCAGAGGGUAAUCAAAAUGGAGGAAUCUGUUACCUAUUCCUGCACAAAGAAUCUAGGUUUAGUGGGUAUUGCCGUGCAAACUUGCACUUUUAGUGGAACUGUUAAUGGAACUCUUUCCUCUGUGCCGCCUCACUGUGCAUUUGUGAAAUGUGCCGUACCUCCAAUUGCCAAUGGUGUUACUGACCGGACGGUAAUUGAAAUGGGGGAAUCUGUUACCUAUUCCUGCACAAAGAAUCUAGUUUUAGUGGGUAUUGCCGUGCAAAUUUGCACUGCUAGUGGAGCUGCUAAUGGAACUCUUUCCUCUGUGCCGCCUUACUGUGCAUUCCCAGCAUCUCUGACAUCAGCGGAAUUCAGAUGUCCAUACCAUCCAUCGACAAUCCUGAAGGACUUCCCUCUUCAAAUGUCCUUCGCUGAAGCAACUGAUCAUUGCAAGAAGUUUAAAGCUACAAUACCUACAAAAGUAUCCUGCGUGAAAGAUUUUCUUGCUGCCUCAGCCAGCAAUCAGGUUGUCUGGUUGGCCGAGAAAACCGGGGAACUGCAGCAUGCAAGCGAUGGCAAAACUUAUAAUCUAAGAUCUGACCCAGCGCCCAAGCACAAUGUUGUGUGUGAAACUGCACCAGAGGGCAGUACCACAUGCCAAGCUACUAGAGCUCACAUUGGUUUGUACGCCAACAAAGCUACACUGCUACAGGCUAAGGAGCAAUGCAGACGUCUGGGAGGACGGUUACCCGCUGGUAGUGACGAGGCAGAUUGUCUAAAUCAUGCCAUGCACUUGGCGGGCGAUAGUUCAGUUGCCUACAAAACCAAGCCAUGGAUACUAGACUAUGAUGAAAAGCCACUCCAUCCGAACCCUAAAUACUAUUUCACUCUCUACGAUACCUAUAAACUUGACUUGACACAAUCGUUUGAAUUCCACACUGUGGCCUGUGCAUUCAAUCUGAGGGAAUACUUCUGCAAAUCGUCUAAUGGCAAAACGGGAGUAACAAUGGUUCACUAUCCCGACAGGAUAUCUGAUGCCAAAAGAGAGGAAUUCUGUCUCAAACAAAAUGCUCGGAUGCCAGACAACCACAGUCCCGGUGAAAAUAAAUGUAUUGAGGAGUUUAGAGAUUUGAUUCACACAAAAACGGGUCAUCAGGAAGACACCCUGUGGAAACAGGUGUGCGUUUUCAGUCCUCGACGAACUAUUCAAAAGAUUGAACAAUUGUGCGGACAUUGGAAAGUUCUCGUGCACACCAAGACUUUCGAAAAGCUACUAUACAAUGAAUCCCGGGAUGCGUGUCGCAAGAACAUUGGCUUUUUCCUGCCAAGCCAGGCACUAUGGAAUAGCGUAUUGAUCGAAAUGAAAACAGGAGAUGCUGAAUGCAGAGAACUUGCUUCAACCUUUGACAAAAUCCCUCUCUGGUUCACAGUUCACGGCGUAGAAAGGAAAGUUGCGCACUUUUCAUCGGUUUGUGUUGGAGCCCGUUUUCAAGCCGGUUCGAUGUCCAGCCGGGGAAUUCACAAGUACGAGGGCUUGGACUACAUUGACGAAGAAGGUCACGUGACAUGCAAGCAGGGCUACAGAAAAUCCUUGCAGGAGAACAUCCCCGGCUAUCCUUAUAAGGGAAUGUGGCAGAAUACAGCCGGGUGUUACAAGUAUGUUGGUGUACUUGGAGAAACAUUACUCAAUAAAACAUUACUCAAUAAAGUAAGAGAAGACGGAUACUGGUAUGGCUUUAAACAGUGCAAACCCCUCAAAACGGUGGAUGGAUGGGAGAGAACCUUCAAGGACGGACAUGUCCGAUGCCCAGACGGACAAUUAUGGGAAUGCGAUCCACAUCAUGAUAAGCACUGUGCAACUGUACAGGAUGACCAGAAGCGGUGGCCAGUGUGUAAAGAAGACAAGCGCAUCAACUAUGGUCGUUGCUAUGAUCUUAAAAAAAACAAAAUAUUUAUCAAUGACCGUGGCGGGACUCACUAUACCUUGGAACGCGAGACUGCAACAUUCAAAUGCAUGUGGCCUGCGUUUGAAAGCUGCACUGCCCCUCCAUGCGCAGGUGGGCGUAAUAAGAACAGAGCCACUGUGUUUAGACACAAUAACGAACCGUGGGAAUGGGAUAACUUGCCGAAAUGCGUUCAGUUUGCAUCCCAAAAAUCCGGCGGACAACACUGGUACUACGGCUAUUAUAACACAACAGCUGAUCGGGCUAUCAUGGCUUGCGAGGACGUGGGCACAGAGCUAAUGACGCUGGCCGAAGUUCUAGCUAUCCAAAAUUUCAUUCUGGCCAACAACGCCAAACUCGCCAAUCGUUACAUCUGGGUGCUUAACCCAGUAUCAAAUGUUCCGAUCGCUUUCAAUAUGGCAACAAACGGGCAGAAGAAAGACACACUCAUUGCUGAAGUCAUGUGCAAGUCAUCAACCAAUCUAAAUGAAUUCAGAACUUGUUGGACCCAUGACGACAUUAGUAUCAUUACAGAUCCUAAAUUCAGUAGCGGCAUAGACAUGUUUCUCACAUACUCUGAAAACGUAGCCUGGUGUGAUAAUAGUCCAGCGACAAUCAUCCCAUUCCCUUUCCAGCACUUCUGCUUGGACUCACUGACACGCUGGACUGACAUAUUUAGUACAUUACAAAAGCAACACUGGGUUUUGGACAAAUCCUCUUCGACAAAUGCUCGUGCCAACGAUCUCAAGAUACAUGACCGAGGAGAAUCCUUCAUUGUGACAUGCUGGACAAAGCGUCCUUGGGAUGAUAAGCUCGUGGUGAAGCACGAAUGCCGUAACCACACCCUCUACUACCUGAUAAGUGCUACGGGAACCCAAUAUGAUGAGGCCGAACAGAAAUGUGGCAACAGAAAAAUGACACUGCCACCAAUGGCGAUUAUGGACUGUGUCUGGCUGUUUACAAAGAAACUUGGUUUACCACCAGCUUGGAUGGACAUAGCAAUUGGAGCGCAUGAAAGGAUUGCCAGUGAUAACAGGCCUCGUCCUACUAGUUCUGCUAUGACUGCAAUAUGCGCACAAGUGAAAGAGGGCAAUUCUGUCUGGUAGCUGUCGCCAUAAACCAUUAAUCUGCAGGGAGCUGAUGUCCGGAUUAGUGUCCAGUCCGUGAAAACAACACAGAACGUGCACAAGACACCAUAAUAUUAUGGUAUUCCCUUCACCUCUAACAACCCUCAGCAGCCAUAGUCACAAUAUGGUGAUGGAUGCCUGCUUCAUCGUUGAUAGCGACACAGUCGUAGAAUACCUUCCUAUCUUAUAUGAUUAGACCGUAAUCUGCACAGCAAAUGCUAGAAGGAGUUUCCCCAGUUUUCUUCGUUUUUUGCCUUUUCUUUCUCUCUCUUCCUUUCUCUGAUCUCAUAUUGGUGGUGAUACAUGUAUAUAUGUAUAUAUUAUAUGCAUCAACCUAUGAUCAAGAGACUAUUCAAACCUA